AUGAGAGUGCAAGCCGAUGUUCAAAACUCGAGACGAGAUUUGUCCAGUCUUAUAAAUCUGCUAAGUCAAAAACACACCAGCGACAGACAUCCUAUUCUCCUCAUAGUCGACUCUGGUUCCAAAAUGGAUGCUAAACAAGAUCAGAAAUAUCGUGCUGGUUCUCCAGAAACCAGUGAUGAAAAUGGAAUUGGACAUUUACCGCACUUAUUGUUACAGCAUAAGGUAAAGAACCUGAUAAAGAAAAGUACAACAAAAUCAUAUGUCCAAUUGAAAAAUGAGGCGAAGCAGUUACACCGACUUCAAAGACUUCGAGACAAUCAAGGACGACAAUUGAACGACAAAAACGUACUAAGAUCGCCGAUCGUGAAGCAACUACUUAGAAUCUCAAAUAGAAUCCAAUGCGAAGCAAGAGACGAAUGUCAAGACAGAUGUGGCAAUAGAUACAAAGGUAAAAAAAUUGUAACUUGUAACGUACAAUGUGAAGUUAAGUAUGAGUGUGAGGAAGAAGAAGAAAAGGAUCCGUGUGAUGACGGAGAAUGUGACUCUUGUGGUAAUUCGCUCGAAUGUCUCAUGAGUACGAGAGGAGAACGACUCGUCACCAAAGAAACUAAAUGCAAACGUUGUUGA